AUGAAGCAUGCUAUCCAAGAUGGGAUAAAAUAUGCCAAUGGAGGUCGCUGCUUGAAGCACGUCGGUAUACCCUGCAUCACCAUCCCCAUGGGUGUCAUGCAAGACAAGCAGAUGCCUGUGGGAGUCACCUUUGCCACGAAGGCGUUUGACGACUCUAACUUGCUAUACUAUGCCUACUUAACCGUUCCUCCAUCCACCCCUGCUCUCGGUACUGAUAAGAUCUCCCUGGUAAAGCUCAUCAUCAAGAUUGGCUCGCAGAUAUGGACUAAGUCGGAGGAUCCUGAGAAUCACCUUCGUACUCUGUGGAUUCCCUGUAGGUUUUUAUUAAUGGAGAAUUGUGCACAGAGCCUCCUAUCUAUCACGGCAGAGAGUAGAAAUGGAGUGCGCAUGUCUCACGAUGAAAGCUCCAUGAACGACGUUUCCCUACAUUGGCAUCCGUGCCGAAGUAUCACAUUCUUAUUGUGGUUGUUGCUAGUUUGGUCAAUGGAAGGAAGGUAG